CAAGAAAAACAAAAGCAUAACACAACAAAUUUUAUAGUUUGUUGAUGGAUUAACAACAAACAUUGUGAAAAUUAACACUAGCUAACGGGAGAAAGCAUAAGCAAAUGUAAAAUAAAAAAAUUUAUAUAAAAUAAUAAUAAUAAAAACGACAAGAAGAAGACUUUUGACAAAGAGGAAAAACGAAAGAGAGAGAGAAAAAAAGCAACAGCAACAAAUUUCUAAUUCCUGGAGUGGCAGACAGAUUCUUUGGUGGAGAAUAGAACAGAGAGAGGUCUGCUGCUGCCAAGGAUAAGAAAACAAUAAAAAAAAAAUACAACAAAACGUAAAGAUUAAAGGAUCGGAAUAAAUUUGCCACAAUCCAAGGCGAAGAAGUGCCAACAAUAUUGAGUCGUCACAGGCGCCCAGUGGACAGUUAGAUAGAAAAAUGAGCUGCAAGGUGCGGUUAAUGGAGGACGGCUCCUUGGAUGAGGAGCCGUUGACACUGAAGGAGAUUGCCUAUCAGAAAUUGUGUAACAAUUUGGAUAUAAUCAGUGGCACUACAACACACGGACAGCGUGUAUUAAAUCCGGGCAUUGUACUGCCCAAUGAGAUAUGUGAUGGUUUCUUGGAGAAUUAUCAGCGUUUUAAUCGCCCUCUAGAUGAUUCGGUGAUCAAUUUGUUUUAUGACACUCAACGAACAUCGUUGAAAAUUGUUAAUUUGCGUAAUAGUACGCUCAGCAGUGUGGGUCUAGAGACUCUAAUGCGUCACAAACUGUAUGCUUUGUCCAUGUGGUAUUGCGAUAAGAUCACAGUUAAUUCGCAUCAUUUGUUGGCUCAUUAUGGAGACAGUUUGCGCUCAUUGGAGCUGGGGAUUAGUUCACAUCUGCUACAGAAUGCUGAACCGAAUGAAAAGGAACCGGUGGACUUUCAAUUAACCUGUCCACAUUUGCGUCGUUUGGUACUAAACGGUGUCGUUAUGCAUCAUCGUUUGCAAUUUGCUCAUUUGCAUGACUUGAGCCAUUUGGAUUUAACAUCAUGCGUCCUGGCCAAUUUCAGUUUGGAGGCAUUGGUCAUGUUGCCCAACCUGCACACCCUAAUAUUGUUUAAUGUUUGGCCAAUUGCCAAUCAGUUGCAUGCCAUUUGCUGCCUGCGACGAUUAUGCACCCUGGACAUAUCAAUCUCAAGUUCGGGCAAUGGCCAUGGCACCUAUGAUCUGCCCGAUCAGACAUUGGAAAUGCUAAUGGAUAAUCUACGCCAUUUAACACAUCUAGAUAUAUCCGGUACGAAUUUAGCUGGCAAUGGUGUGGCCACCAAGGAAUCUGGCAAUGGCAAUACCAAGACAGAGCAACAAUAUGGUCUAACUGAUAUACCCGGUUUGGCCUCACGCACCCAUAGGCCGUUGCAAUUUCUGGGCCUCUAUCAUACAGCACAUUGGGCAUGCAAACGACACGAUAUACCUGCCUUCGAGGUGGCCGGCGAUGCCAAUGAGCAACAGAUAUUGACAGCAGCUCGUUACUAUCAUGAUAGGCCAGUGCUAUUGACAAGAGUUCUCAAUGAUUUAUAUCAUCUGUUUCGCUUUGAGAACUGCAAGGAUAUACACACGGCAUUGGAUGUUGUGCUAUCUGCCAUGGACAGACAUCUUAAAUUCAAGCAUAUGCAAAUAUCCGGCAGCGCCACACUGUUUUAUAUAGUCAAAGGCAGGGAUCGUUCUAAAUUUGGCACUUUGUUGCGUAAUCACAUCAUUCGCACCUUGCUCAAUGGCAUGGAAAUGCAUCUAACCGAUGACACAAUGCUUAGAAAUGGUUACCUCACCCUCACCCAGUUCCAUAUGCCAGUCGAUGUGCUCUUUGAAUACGAACGACUCAUCAAAAUUCUACUACAUGGCGUAUCCAAGACCGAGCAGGAGGGCUUUGUUCAGCGCAUUGCCAUCUAUUUGCUCAACACAUUGGCCUGCCAGGUGGAUGGGCGACAGAAACUCUUCCUGGGUGAAUUGGGAGUAGUUAGUACCAUGCUUACGCUAAUCAAGGAUCGCCUGACACGAACUGUCUUUGAUGAUGUCAUGGAGGUGGCAUGGUCAACCAUGUGGAAUGUAACCGAUGAGACUGCUAUUAAUUGUAAGAGAUUUCUUGAUGGGCGCGGCAUGGAGUAUUUCCUGAAGUGUUUAAAUACCUUUCCGGAACGCGAUGAACUAUUAAGGAAUAUGAUGGGGCUGCUGGGCAAUGUGGCUGAAGUGAAGUGGCUUCGCCCCAAACUGAUGACACAAGAGUUCAUAAAGGUCUUUGCCCGUCUGCUGGACUCAUUGAGCGAUGGCAUCGAGGUUAGCUACAAUGCGGCUGGAGUGCUGGCCCACAUUGCAUCGGAUGGCGCCGAUGCCUGGACCAUCAAGUCACCCACCAGGGAGCAUGUGCUGGAGCGCAUGGUGGCCGCCAUACAACGCUGGAACAUCAAAUCCGAGCGGAAUAUCAAUUAUCGCAGCUUUGAGCCAAUAUUGAGUCUUGUUCGCUGCUAUGAGACGCCCCAAUGUCAGCAUUGGGCCGUCUGGGCAUUGGCCAAUUUGACACAGGUUUAUCCCGAAAAAUAUUGCCAAUUGGUAGAGCAGGAGAAUGGAAUACAGAUCCUAAACGAGCUGAUUCAGCAUGAGAGUCCUUAUUGUGAGAUUAAGCGUAUUGCUCGCAUGGUUAUUGAGCAAUGCGAUUCGGGAGUUGAGCGUAUGAUUGAGGGUUAAAUGGAGAAGUCCUUAGGUUAUUUGUAUUUAUAUACAUAUAUAUAUAUAUAUAUAUAUACAUACACGUAUAAUACAGAUAUAUAUAUAUGUGUGUAUAUAAAAUUAUGUAUACACCGAUAUAUAUAUAUAUAUAUAUAUGUAAUAAAAUUUGUUGUAAUGUCCCCCCCCUCCAGCCCCGACGAUCCCGCCCUUCAUUAAUUCAUUGUUUUUAAGGCAAGUGCAAGUGUUAUUCUGAUUGUUCAAGGAGAUUCUUUCUCAAGAGUUCUUUUUUUCCAUGUUUAGUUUGAGAAACGAGAAAUGCAGAAAAAUUACUACAAGAGUAAAGAAGAUAUACAUCA